AUGUCGCAUGAACUUUCACCGAUCGACAAUCUACUCACUGAUGAUGAUGAUGAUGAGAAUGUUUCCGAAACCCCCGAUAAACCGGUAAUGACAUCCGUUAGACUAUCAGAUGUGUCGAGCAAUAAAGUAGGAGGAAAAGGUUUAUACGUAUCGCAAGCUAUGAUGACCUUAAAUGACAACAAUAUCGAUUACGUGCAUUGGGAUGAUCCCAACGAGCUGAACUUGCAAACUGAUCAGGGAAAGGAGUUUUACAAUACAGAGUUGCAGAGACUUGUGAAGAAACACGGUGUCAAUCAUUAUUCGAUUUACUCAGUAAUGAAGGCAUCUGUUGUGGAGCGAUUUAACCGCAUGUUAAAGAACAACAUGUGGAAAAUGUUUACGUUCAACGGAACUUACAAAUGGAUCGACUUGUUACCGCGCCUCAUCGCUGAAUACAACACGCGAAAACAUCGAACUAUCGGCAUGCGUCCUAUCGAUGUGACUCCUACGAUUGCUAAUAAGCUCUUGAACACAGUCUAUAGUAUUGGACAACUAAUCCUGCAACUUACUCAAUCCUGCAACCUACUCGCAGACUCGCGCGGGAAACCUAUCGCCGGCGGUUUCUACGAACACGAACUACAUAGUGUCACCAAUCCAGAUGUAUACUUAGUAGAAAAGGUGUUGCGCAGGCAAGGCGACAAAGCAUAUGUAAAAUGGUUGGGAUUCGACAAUUCGCAUAAUUCAUGGAUACAAAAGGAUAAUGUAUUGUAA